CGCUAAGCCAGCCUGGAACCGGGACUCAUCGCAUGUGGGGUUGGCGCAUUUAAAGCUGUCAGCCGAUAAACGGCGAAGCAACCCGCGGGCGGAUGGCGGGACGAGUCGUGUCGCAUGCCUUCGAUGGCAGGUAACUUCUAGAUCUAGGCUGAACUUGAUAAGGUACCUGGGCACUAUUAUGCGGUGGGGUUUGGGAGGGUGGUGAAUGUAGAACUUGGGCGUCUUUGCAAUUUUCAGCAUCUUCUCCCAACGAACAUCUCUCUCGACCGCACUCUUUCCUGGAUACUAAACCUCUGUCAGUGUUGCGCAUCUACACCAUCUAUCCAUUUGCUUCAAACAACGACGCUUACCCCCAGACCGCUACGAUGGCCGCCAAACCCCCUACUCGCCUCGCCAUCCUGAUGGCCGACACCCCCAUGCCCAACACGGCCGCAAAGUACGGUGACUACGGUGGCCUGUUCACGUCCCUCUUCACCACCGCCGCCCAGCCUGAGCCCAUCGAGUCCAUUCUCUCCAUAACCAAGCACGACAUCGUCAACCACGUCGGCUCGUACCCGUCCCUCGACGACGUCGACGCCGUCCUCAUCACAGGGUCCAAGCACAGCGCCUUUGCCGACGACGCCUGGAUCAUGGCCCUGGUCGACUACACGAGGCGCGCGCUGCUCGAGACCAACGGCAGGGUCAAGGUCGUCGGCAUCUGCUUCGGCCACCAGAUCGUCGCCCGCGCCCUGGGCGGCAAGGUCGUCGUCAACGAAAAGGGCUGGGAGGUGGCUGUGACUGAGGUCGAACUGACGGAGCGCGCAAGGGAGUUUUUUGGCCUGGAGACGCUGAGAAUCCACCAAAUGCACCGCGACAUCGUCCCGGAGUUGCCCAAGACGGACCCUCCCACCAUGCUCUUGGCAUCCAACAACGUCUGCCAGGUCCAGGGGAUGCUCUGGCCCGGCCGUUGCGUUACGGUCCAGGGUCAUCCGGAGUUUACCGAGGAGGUUGUGCGCGAGGUUUUGGAGACCAGGCACGACGCAGGCAUCCACCCUGACGACUUGUACAACAGUGGCAUAUCGAGGGUUGCUAAUCAACACGACGGAAUCGCCAUUGCAAAGGGUUUCCUAAAGUUUUUGAGGUUAUAAUUUAGAAGCUCAGUCUUGAACCUGUUGAUGAGGCUACAAAACGGCCAGUGAACAGGCUUCAGGGGCUGUUGCGGUGGGUGACGAAUAAUGAGGCUGCGUUUGAUAGAUCGGCGGUUUCCUAUCUACUUUGCAUUCCUCACUGUCACAUAAUGCGGCGGACAUCGAGAGAUUCCAGACUCAGUAUAUUCUAUGCAGCUUAACAAAAGAUCGCAGACAUGGAAACUGAGGGAAAGCCAAGGAAGUCAACGCCAUGGUUCUUUGGUAGAAUAAACAACCAGUAUAUAUACAGAAGAGCAGCAGGGGUAUAUAUAAAUAAAAAGAAACUUCCGAGCCAAAACGCCUCGCCUCGACCAAAAACCAGUUCAACCUAUAAGUUGAG